UACUUUGUACGAAAACUUCUACUUAUUUCUGAGGAAUAUAACAUUGGUGUCAGAAGUGUUGAAACCAUGCCACUGGAGGAGAAUGACAUACGAUUAUUAUCGAAGAUGUUUGCUGAUGCGAUUCAGCAAUCAACGUCGGCGGCUGCGAGCGCGGCUGCGGCUGCGGCGACAUCAAGUAUUUCACAACGAGAUGCAACACCAAGGAAUGCAAUGCCACCAGUGUCGAUUCCGGCUUAUAAGAUGGGCGAUUCCACUUCAGUAAGUGACUAUUUUGUGCGGUGCGAGUGGUCGUUUCAAUUAAGUCAAGUUGCAGAAUCGGACUACAAGAGUUAUAUGCUGGUUCAUAUGGGCGCGGAUCUUUAUAAUUCACUUAAAGUUCUGUUGAGUCCCAAGAAGGUGGAGGAGUUAUCCUACGUUGAAGUGAAAGACACUUUAGUAAAACAUUUCGAUAGGAAGUGCAACCAGUAUGCAGAAAGUAUAAGAUAUCGCCAGGUUGUGCAAGAAAAAGAGGAAGCACUGUCUGACUUUGUGCUGAGACUAAGGAAAGCUGCGACGCAUUGUAACUACGCAGAGUUUCUGGACCGUAUGCUUACGGAACAAUUGCUUUACGGGCUCCAAUCAAGAGACAUUUGUGAUGAGAUAAUUUCCAGGGAGCCAAGGACUUUUAAUGAGGCCUACGAGAUAGCGCAAAGGUUAGAGGCUUCACAUAGAUCUACUGUUGAGAUGAAAUGUAAUGUUAAUAAUUCUAACCCAAUUGAGGAGACUACUUGCAAAGUUGCGUUUAGCACAACGCGUUUUAAAAACAAACCGAAGGAUGAAGUUAGGGGGCAUGAGACCUCCGGUGUUGUUGUUGCAAAAUGCUACGGGUGUGGUGGAAAUCAUCAAAGGAGUAAGUGUAAGUUCCGAAAUGCAUCUUGUUUCGUGUGUAGCAAGACAGGCCAUAUUGCGAAAGUGUGUAAGUCCAGAACUGGCCAAAUUUCGGAAGACGACUGUGAUGAUGGCGAAAUACAACGAUUGAACGCAGUGUUUUCUCAAAAUGGUUCAAGAUCAAACAAGCGCAUGAUUGAGCGAAGGAUAAAUGGUGUAAAAAUUCAAAUGGAGUUGGACACUGGCGCACCAUGUGGUAUAAUGAGUAGAAAUACAUUUCGAUCACGGAUUGGGAACCAGAGGCUACUAAAGACUGACCGGCGUUUUACAAGUUACACUGGGCAUAGAAUAGAGUGUGUUGGGCGUGUAGCCGUCAAUGUGUCUGUUGGUCUAUCUACUCGCAAGCUGAACUUGUAUGUCGUCGAUGGUGAUUUCGACGCGCUAUUUGGAAGGGAGUGGAUUUCUCAAUUUGUGAAUGAGAUUGAUUUUGUCAGAUUGUUUUCUUCGGGGCCUGUCAUGAGUAUUAAAACUGCCACACCGCAUUUAUCACCUGAGGAGCUGAGUAGACUACAGAGUACAUUAUCAAAGUUUGACGGAAUAUUUGGAGAUACUGCUGGUAAGUUGGAUUUUCCACCAGUAAAAUUGAAUUUGCGUCCGGACGUUAGACCAGUUUUUGCCAAGGCCAGGGAUGUUCCAUUUGCAUUAAGGAGUAUAUACGCCGCGGAAAUUGAUAAGAAAAUAGCUUCUGGGUUUUACAAGAAGGUCGAUUUCUCAGAGUGGGCAUCGACUACUCAUAUAGUUUCUAAGAAGGAUGGUGGCAUACGUAUAACGGGUAACUACAAACCGACGGUUAACCCUAGAAUUAUAAUAGAUGAACAUCCCAUCCCAAAACCCGAAAAUUUAUUUAACAACAUGCACGGGGCAAAGCUGUUCUGCCAUUUGGAUAUAACAGAUGCAUAUUCGCAUCUGCAGAUUGAUGAUGAAUUGGCGCAUGCACUUACGCUAAAUACCCCCACACACGGGUUAAUACGACCAACAAGGGCUGUUUAUGGGGCUGCCAAUAUACCAGCUAUUUGGCAAAGGACUAUGGAGACCAUCCUGCAGGGCAUAAACAAUGUGUGCAACUUCUUCGACGACAUCUUGAUAUAUGCCGAUAGUUUUGAUAACUUAUUAGCAACUCUAGAGGCGACAUUAACCCGUUUGAGAGAAAAGGGUUUAAAACUUAACAGAUCCAAGUGUGUGUUCGCGGCUCCAGCGGUUGAAUUUCUUGGGCACAAGAUUGAUGAGUAUGGCGUUCAUAAGUCGGAUAGACAUGUAGCGGCAGUAAGAGAUGCACCAAAACCAAGUAACCAUGACGAACUGCAAUUGUUUCUUGGAAAGGCUAAUUAUUAUGCAUCUUUUAUAGCAGAUUUAUCUACAAAGAGCAGGCGGUUGCGUGAUGUAAUGUCACAAAAGCCUUUUAAGUGGACAGUGAAUGCGGAAAAAGCGUACAUUGAUAUUAAAAAUGCACUAAUAUCUGAUCAAGUCUUAAUGCCCUACGAACCGUCGGCACCACUACUGCUAGCAACAGACGCGAGUGGCAUUGGCUUAGGCGCCGUUUUAUCGCAUAGAUUGCCUGAUGGUCGCGAAAGGCCUAUUGCCUUUGCUAGCAGGACUUUGACAGCGACCGAACGUAAGUAUCCUCAAAUCGAUAAGGAGGCACUAGCCAUUGUUUGGGCGGUAAAUAAGUUCUUUCUUUAUGUGUAUGGCCGCCACUUCACCCUUAUUUCGGACCAUAAACCGUUGACACAGAUACUGGAUCCGUCGAAGUCUUUGCCAGUUUUAUGCAUAAGCCGUAUGGUCAACUACGCUAAUUUUUUGGCGAAUUUCAAUUUCACUGUCGAGUUCAAGACAACGAAGGCAAAUGCGAACGCCGACUACUGUUCUAGAGCAAUGCGAAUGGACGGAGCUUGUAACACAAUUACUGAAUAUGACGACUUCGAUGGAUUUCUAAUUAACCAAAUAGAUCAACUUCCUACUAAUGCUACUAAGAUUGCAUCCGAAACAAGGAAAGAUGAGAAAUUAGGUCCAAUCUUACGGAUUUUAGAGAGUGGUAAAUCUCUCCAAGCACAUGGGUAUAGAUCUCCCGAGAUUAAUUACAGGUUAUCAGGAGGAUGUCUCAUCUUUGAACAUCGAGUGGUGAUUCCAGAAACGCUACGUGUGAAAAUUCUACAGGAUUUGCAUUCGGCUCACUUAGGGAUCGUAAAAAUGAAAGGCAUUGCAAGGUCAUUCGUUUACUGGCCUGGAAUUGAUAAGGAAAUUGAGAAUGUUGCGAAAAGCUGCAAGGACUGUGCAGAAAAUGCAAACGAUCCACCAAAGUUUAGAGACCACCACUGGCAAUAUCCGAAAUCACCAUGGGAGCGCAUACACGUAGAUUAUGCUGGACCUUUCUUAGGCUCCAUGUUACUAAUAGUAACAGAUGCUUACAGUAAGUGGAUUGAGGUGAAAGUGACACCUACCAGCACAUCGAGCGCUACGAUCACCAUUCUAGAUGAAUUAUUCGCCACUUAUGGAGUACCAACAAUGCUUGUUUCAGAUAAUGGUACUUGUUUUUCUUCAAUAGAAUUCAAAGACUACCUCACAAAGAUUGGAGUGAGAUAUCAUAAAUUCACAGCCCCCUACCAUCCGUCCACAAAUGGUCAGGCGGAACGAUCAGUUCAAACAGUCAAGAAUGCCAUGAAGGCCUUGGGGGCAAACAAAAGCAGUUUACAAAAACAUUUGAAUGCAUUUCUACGCCAAUAUAGAAUUGCCCCGCAUUCAACAACGGGACAAGCCCCUGCAGUCUUGUUCCUGGGUAGGAAUUUAAGAACUCAGUUGGAUUUAAUAUUGCCACAAGACUUAACAACCAAGAUGAUUGAGAAGCAAUAUAUGCAGUUUAACGCAACGUUCCGUUCUUUUGAUAACUUCCAAAAUGUUUAUUUUCUCUCCAACAAUAAUCGGAUGCCAAAGUGGCUACCUGGAGUAAUAUGUCGGCGAAUAGGUGACUUGCACUACGAAAUUUUAUAUGAGGGCAAAUGUGUAAAAAGGCACAUCGAUCAAAUUCGAUCCAGAACUGAGCCUAAUAGUGCGGCGAAUACCUCGAUAGAAUACCAACAGUCACAGGAUGCGUCGACUAGGUGGAAACGAAUUCAUAUGAAAAGCAGACUAUCAACUACACACGAUUCCCAAACAUCUCAACAACAAGAUACAAAUUCGUCGUUCCAAGACGAUUUUCCGAAUACCAACACCUCGUAUACGACAAAUUUUUUUACUCCAUUGUCGGACUUUCAUGGUUUUCCCAACUCGGAAGAGAAUAAUGGUAAUGGAGAUUUAAUUCCUCGAGAUCAGGAUGUAGUUCUAGAAGAUGGAAGUAUGCAAGAAGACCCAGGAUACCAAGGAAGAGGAUCAUAUUUUCACCAUAACAGAUCCUAUGCGAGGGAAGAAUUGUUAUGUAUUGAUCUGGCAUCAUGAACAUAUGAUCAUUAUGUGCAUGAUAUGGCAACCUUUACUACUUCGUAUUUCAUUCCUUGUU